AUGACGACACUUCAAGCUUCGAUUUUGCUCGGAACCCUCGACAGUGACAUCGCCAGAGAUGUUGUCGCCGAUCAGGAACGUCGUGGGUCAGGAUCUGUUCAUGUUAUCAUGGGUCCUAUGUUUUCUGGGAAAUCGACCUCUCUUCUCCGACGAAUCAAGUCAGAGAUCAGCGACGGAAGAAGCGUUGCGAUAUUGAAAUCGAGUAAAGAUACGAGAUACGCCAAAGAUUCGGUAGUGACACAUGAUGGAAUUGGAUUCCCUUGCUGGGCUCUUCCAGAUCUCAUGUCAUUUCCUGACAAAUUCGGACAAGAUGCUUACGACAAGCUUGAUGUGAUUGGUAUUGAUGAGGCUCAGUUUUUUGGAGAUCUUUAUGAGUUUUGCUGCAAAGUAGCUGAUGAUGAUGGCAAAACUGUGAUUGUUGCAGGUCUAGAUGGUGACUAUUUAAGAAGGAGUUUUGGUGCUGUUCUUGACAUUAUACCAAUAGCUGAUUCAGUGACCAAGUUAACUGCAAGGUGUGAGGUUUGUGGACAGAAAGGUUUCUUCACUUUAAGAAAGACUUGUGACACUAGAACCGAGUUCAUCGGUGGAGCUGAUGUCUAUAUGCCUGUUUGUCGCAAGCAUUACUUUAGUAAUCAAAUUGUCAUCGAAUCUUCGAAGAAAAUGUUGGAUUCUGACAAGGCAAGAGCUGAAUCCUGUGUGGAGACGGUUGCUGCUAUGAUAUAA